AUGGACACAGCCAACAACAAUGAUACUAGCCAGCCUUCAAACCAAUUCUGCAAUUCUUACAGAGUGGCAAGCCUUUUUGACACAAUUCUGGAAGCAUCCCAAGUGGCAAAUUUGAAAGACCGGUAUAUUCUGGGUGAGCAAUUAGGAUGGGGACAGUUUGGUGUCAUUAGGGCAUGCUCAGAUAAGUUUACUGGUGAGGUUUUAGCUUGCAAGUCUAUUGCCAAAGAUAAAUUGGUCACACAUGAUGAUGCACGCAGCAUCAAGCUUGAGAUUGAAAUAUUGUCUAGGUUGUCUGGGCAUCCGAAUGUUGUAAAUCUCAAGGCAGUUUAUGAGGAGGAAAAUUAUGUGCAUUUAUUGAUGGAGUUAUGCGCUGGAGGGGAGCUUUUUCACCGCCUUGAGAAGCAGGGAAGAUUCUCAGAAACUGAUGCUCAGGUUCUUUUUAGACAUCUGAUGCAAGUUGUUAAGUAUUGCCAUGAGAAUGGCGUUGUUCAUAGAGAUUUGAAACCGGAAAACAUUCUCUUGGCUACAACUUCUUCAUCCUCACCAAUUAAGUUGGCAGACUUUGGUCUUGCAACCUACAUCAAACCUGGGAAGAAAUUGCAUGGGACUGUUGGAAGUCCAUUUUACAUAGCUCCUGAGGUGCUUACAGGAGGUUAUGACCAGUCUGCUGAUGUAUGGAGUGCUGGAGUUAUUUUGUACAUUCUUCUUAGUGGGAUACCUCCUUUCUGGGGUAAGACUAAGUCAAGAAUAUUUGAUGCUGUAAGGGCUGCGGAUCUAUGGUUCCCUCCGGAUCCUUGGGAUCAUAUAUCUGUGUCCGCCAAGGACUUGAUUGCUGAAAUGCUUUGCGUCGAUCCUUCCAGGAGGCUCACAGCUGCACAGGUUUUAGCUCAUCCAUGGUUGCAAAGUUGUGCAUGUGCGAGUAAAGAGACGUACAAGCAGAACAACCAAGUUUGCAGACAACUGGAAGUGGGUGGAGGUUCUUUCUCUACCCCAUUUAUUGAUAGGAAUCAGGACUUUAGCUUCAGUGAUGGGUCACCCACAGCUGGUGAUGUGGAACUGUGGCAAUCACCUGCAUUCACGUGCAAAUCAUCUUUCUCUACUUUCCUAGUAGGCAAUAGUAGUCUUUGCCCUGCAUCUGGAGGCUUUUCUUUCAGCAGCUGCUAUGAACCAAGUGCAGCUGAGUUUUCUUCACCAGUUCCAUCAAUGCCAAGCUUUACCUUCUUCAGUCCAAGUUCUUCAGUAGCGGAAGGAGAUAUAUCAUUGAGAUUUACAACCAAUAUGUCCAUGUUGGAUGCAAGUUAUGGAGAGUCAAGUGCAGAGAAGCUGUUAGUGCUGUCAGAUUGCUCGCCUGUUAAGCAUGACGGUGAAGAAAUAGAGCGCAAAGAAUUCCGGAGAGGUGGAACAAAUGGGUCGUCUAGGGCUGCUGGGAUCCACAGUAAGAGGAACCACACAAUUGGACAUGGUGAGCUUGAUCAGCUAAAUCUCGUUAUGACCGAAUCAGUCAUCCGUUGGGCAUCAUGCACGCAAAUUCCCACCGUUCCAUCUCUUAGAUUGUCACUUGUCUGCUAG